AUGGUUCGUUCAACCAUCAUCGUUCGAGCCUCAGAUGCUUUGCCAUUAGCUGCCAGCGUCGACGAUGAGCAGACAGAACAAGUUCUGCAGGAGCACAAGCAACAAUCCAAGCUUAUAUUCCGACGUAUAACUCCCAACGCGGAGCCGCGGUGUUCUAUUGAAAGUGGGCCAUACACAUUACAUUACCUCAUAUCAGACAAUGUCGUCUUUUUAACAAUCGCCGACAAGUCCUACCCUCGAAAACUUGCCUUCUCUUAUUUAGACGAACUUUCAAAGGAGUUUGCGACUACUUAUGGUUCCAAGGUUGAAACCGUGCGAAAACCUUAUGCCUUCAUUGGCUUCGACACAUUUAUGUCCAAGACCGCACGUUUAUAUCAGGAUACACGAACAGCCAAUGCUGCGAGCUCUGGGCUGGACAGAUUGAAUGACGACCUGCAAGACGUGACGAGAAUAAUGACGAAAAAUAUGGAGGAGCUGUUGUGGAGGGGUGAUUCCUUAGAUCGAAUGUCCCAUUUGUCGACUUCGUUACGCUCUGAAUCGGAAAAGUAUCGGAAGGCUGCGAGGAAUAUUAACCUGCAAGCCAUGCUCCGACAAUACGCACCCUUCGGCGCUGUUGGGUUGCUGGUGUUCAUUAUGUUGUACUGGAGAUUUAUGUGAUGGAAUCGUGUGUUGGAUUUGGAUGAUUAUUUCUUAUAAUUGUUUUAGUGUAAUGAGCUCGCGUUAUCUUAUCUGUUCUGCUGCU